CUUGAUUUCUCUCCCCCGGCCCUCCAACGGCUAUUUCUUAGCUGCUUUAAACAAAACGGGAAAGCACCCUCACUUGUAUAUAUGAUCAACCCCUUAUUCCCAACUUAUUUCUUUCCUGCUGCGUUUUCACUUUCUGGGUUAACUACAGAUUGCUCUCUCUGCGUUAAGGACAUAUUGCUCUGCCACCCUCUACACUUUCUUCUUCAUAUUUGAGUUAAAUUCUCUGUUUCUGCAAUCCGUAAACCCUGCACUUUCUUCUUCAUAUUUGAGUCAACCUCUGCUUUUUCACUUUCAACUUCUGUAAACCUCUAAACCCACGCAUAUUCAAAUUCCAGUUAGUGAGUCAGUGAGUGAAAAUUGUGAGAUGAUGGAAGAACUGUUUUCUCUGUGUGAAGCCGCCAAGAAAGCAGCUCUCGCUGCUGCCAUGGACAAUGUCUCUGAAAAUGGACCAGAGGUUUCCAAUUGUAUUGAUUGUUUGAAGCGCCUCAAGGACUUUCCUGUUACUGGGGAGCUUCUUGUUUCAACGGCAAUGGAUAAACAUCUCCGACAUCUCAAACAACAUAAAAAAGAAAAGAUUCGAUUAAUGGCUGAGUGGUUGUUGGAGAUAUGGAGCAAGAAGAUCAAGGAUUAUUCUUCAAAAACCAAAGGUAAAUUUUUAUAUAUUGAAUCUUCCAAGAAAACCCAGCAAUCUGAUAAAUCCACGACAUCAGCGAUCUGCCAUCAACACUCUUCCAUUGGUUCAACAAAACUUGAAGAGACUGGCCAUGGUAAAACAACUUCUGAAGGUUCAAUUGAUUCCAGACAAUUUGAAGAGGCAGGGAAAAAUCCUCAGAAAUUCAUUUUGAAGAUAAAGAUGAAACAAUCGAAGGAAUCUUGUAAAUUUGAGGCAUUAUUCAAGUGUAAAGAUGCUUCACGUGUCAAGGUUCGUGAAAUUCUUCUGGUGGCGUUACAGAAAGUUGCUAGUGAAGUUGAUGGAGAAACUAAACAGCGGGUAAAUGCUUGUGAUCCAAUUGGUGUUGCAGUGUUAAUCGAAACUGAGAUGCUUAAGCAGAUGGGACCGUACAACGGGCCUAAGAAACUCAAAUACAGAUCAGUUUUGUUCAACAUGAAUGAUCCAAACAAUCCAGACUUGAGGAGGAAGAUUCUUCUUGGGGUGGUUAAGCCUGAGAGACUAAUACAAAUGAGUUCAGAAGAGAUGACAAGUGAUGAAAGAGAGAUUAAAAGGAUAAAAGAUAAAGCAACCUUGGGGGAACAAACAGCUGACAAAAAAUCUGAAGAGAAACCUGAUUUUGAUGAAGGAAGAUGGUUGGAAUCCUUUGUUGAUUUGAAGCUUUGAAAUCCUUAAGUUGACUGCUGAUACAGUGGGAUUACCUUUAUAAUAGUUUAGAAGAUGAAGAGCAUAAUUUUUGUAAUAUUUUUUAAGGGCAUUUAAUCUGCUGUCAGUUGUAAUUUUUAGUUUCCAUGUUAA